AUCUUCAUGUUCGUGUCAAACCGCGAUGAGUUUGGUCGUCUGGUGACGUCGACCAACUUCAACACAUCCAGGUUGCACCCGGACAUGUGGCAGAUCUUCGACAACCCUGUGGACUGGAAGGAGAAGUACAUCCAUGAGAACUACUCCAGGAUCUUUGACGAUGAGAAGAGCUUCGUGGAGCAGCCCUGUCCAGACGUUUACUGGUUUCCAGCUUUCUCAGAUAAGAUGUGUGAUCACCUGGUGGAGACCAUGGAGGACCAUGGAGAGUGGUCUGCAGGUUCACACAAGGACGAGCGUCUGGCUGGCGGCUAUGAAAACGUCCCCACUGUGGAUAUUCACAUGAACCAGAUUGGCUUCGAGAAGGAGUGGCUCAAAUUCCUCAGGGAGUACGUCGUCCCCGUCACAGAGAAACUCUAUCCUGGAUAUUACCCCAAGGUACCGUCCAGACACCACACCGAGGUAUAGUCUGGGCUCUGCCCCGUGGUUGUACAGUUAUCGUUUAUUCAGUUAGCGUGAACUCCAGAGGCUGCCUCAGCGUGCAGUCCAGAUACCAGGUCGUGUCCACACACUACUCCACAUAAAGUCCAGGCACAGAGCAGACUUCUCCCCAGAGAACACAG